GUGUGGGGAAAAAGUGCUGAGCCUCAGUGAGCAUUACACUGAAGAUGAAGUUUUCCUUUGUCUUGUUUCUUUUAUUAGAUAUUCCUCAUCUAAAAGGGCAGCAGAGGAUCGAGGCGUUUGAACACGUCCUGCUGAGACUGGCCUUCCCUUCCGUUUACAACAGUUACAACAAGUCUUGCUGUAAACUCUAUCCAGGAGGAUGCUACAAGCUGCUGGACAGUGCAGGAUUUACCUGCGAUUUACUGAAAGGAAGAGUGACGAAAACUGAGAGAGACGGCUGGAUAGAAUUUAAAAUAUCAAAUGUGCGGUUUGUGGACGGAGGCUAUUACAGAUGUAUUGUGCUAGGAACUCAAAACCUCAUCUACAGUGAUUACUAUGUUGAGGUGUCUGAGGUUUCAGGUCACCACAGCCAGUCUCAGCCUUCACUGACGACAACCAUCAAAGCCCCCAACACCUCCACAAUACUCCCAGACUCCACUGGGCCUGCUCUGGCACAGGACCACAGUGACAGUCCCAGAAUUCCCUGGAGUUUUGGCCUGCCACUAGCUGUCAUUGUGUCAAUUACGGUGAUGAUUUUGAUCACUUCAGUCAUUGGAGUUGUUUGCUGCAGAGUCCAGACAAAACGUAAACUGCCAGACAAAUGUGGAGAAACUCUGUGUGAGUCACUGAAACAAGACGCCCCGAACACUGUCUCUUGACAUAGUGAGUCUCCCGCAGGAAAUGAGCGCCAUAGUCUACACAACGGUGGACUUCAGAGCUCACCAGAAACCGACAGAGGUGUACGCAAACCUGAGGAUGCACAAAACACAAGCGGGAGCCCCUGACUCGACCUGGAGCGCAGAACAUGAUGGGAUGGUGGAGUACUCCACAUUGGCCAUCCACCAGAGAAUACCUCUGAACGUUUAGUUAGUUUUUGAUUUUAAUGGGACAGAAUAUAUUUGUUCCGACACUUUCUAAAUGAACUUUGUUUAUUUUACACAUAAAUGUCAGUUUGCGAGUCAUGCUUAGUACCGCUCAGCCUGUGUAGAGUUUGAAAGACAUUCACCAGGCAGGAAUGAUCUAACAAAAACAUCCAUUUGGUUGCAUUAUGGAAAAUGUAGGAUACAGCAUUUUUGGAGCUUGACUAAAAAUCAUCAUCAUCUGCCGAUUUGGUUUGAACUAAUCUUUUGUCCGUUGGGAGUCCCCCAACUUUAUGGAAGUGUAAUAUGUAAUACUGAACUACCGCUU